UUUACCUGAUCUGAAAGGAAACCGGAACCAAACAACGGAACCCGGACGUUUUCCAUGUCAACACUUGCUGUUGUGUUCUGCUUUCCUAACCAGGAAGAUGGAUUUGCUAUCGAACAAGUGGAUAGUUAAUUUGCUAGUUUGUUGGUUUUUUAUCGGUGUCAGCUGUAAUUCAGUGGAAAAGAAGAUUUAUGUGCGUCUCAAUUACACCGUCCCCUGUGUGCGACUGCUCAAUGCAACACAUCAAAUAGGCUGCCAGUCCUCUUUGUCAGGUAAUGUGGGUGUGCUCCAUGUGCUUGAGUCAGAGGCAAACCUGGACUGGGUCCUGCGCUCUGGUCCCAAUCCUCCUUAUCUGGUUGUCUUGGAGUCCCCGCUCUUUACCAGAUCCGUCAUGAUGAAGCUGAAGAGCGGCUCCGGCAGGGUGGCUGGCGUUGCUGUUGUGGCGCCAAACGCGAACCCGCCUGAGGGCUUCUCUCCACACACCACCUGUCCCAACGAGAACACAGGCGUGUAUUCGGAGGACUACGAUCCAGCCUUUGCCCAUUGUAAUGUGACCACGUGGAACCCUUUGGGAAACGGUUUGGCCUAUGAGGAGUUUGACUUCCCCAUCUUCUCCCUGAAAGACGACAAUGAGACUCAGGUCAUACGGCAGUGUUACUUGGACCACAACCGGGCGGUGAACGGCAGCUCUCCUCAGUACCCGCUGUGUGCCAUGCAGCUGUACUCCCACAUGUCCGCCGUCACGGACACGGCCACCUGCAUGAGGAGGAACGACAUCAACUUCAGCAUCACACCAGAGAUGAUUUGUGACCCACUGGGUGACUACAAUGUUUGGGCCUCCACCAGGCCUCUCAACAACACGGCCAAGGGCCACAAGAUGUGGGAGAGUGUGGUCAUAGCCGCUGCCAGGUUGGACUCCAGGUCUUUCUUCUUUGACAUCGCUCCGGGAGCGCAGAGCGGAGUCUCGGGGUUCGUCACUCUGCUGGCGGCCGCUCACGCUCUGCGAAACGCCACCCAGGAGGCCCAGCCGAACCGCACCAUCCUCUACACCUUCUUUCAGGGGGAAACCUUCGACUACAUCGGCAGUUCGAGGAUGGUGUACGACAUGCAGAACAAUCAGUUCGCCGUGGACCUGGACAACGUCCACUCGGUGCUGGAGAUUGGACAGGUGGGACUCCGUGCCGACUCCAAGCUGUGGCUUCACUCUGAUCCCGUGUCUCGCAGGAACAGCAGCGUCAAUGAUCAGGUGAGGAAGCUUAUCGAACACUUGCAUUCGGCUGCAGGAGGUUUAAACGUCUCGGUGGAAGUGCCGAGCUCUUCUCAGCCGCUCCCGCCGUCGUCCUUCCAGCGUUUCCUGCGAGCUCGGCCAAUCCCAGGAGUCGUUAUUGAGGAUCACCAGUUUGCUUUCAGCAACAGGUUCUAUGAGAGUAUGUACGAUAACGCAGAAAACCUGAACGUGUCCUACCCUCCGAACCUGACACCAGAGGAGCAGCUCGAGUUCGUCACUGACGCUGCGAAGGCACUGACUGAGGUGGCCACCAUGGCAGCUCGGGCCCUUUACCUGGAGGCAGGAGGAGCAGCGGCUCAGCUGAGCAGCAUCACCGCUGACCCUCAAUUAGUGACCCGAAUGCUGUAUGGUUUCCUUGUUCGGUCCAAUAACUCCUGGUUCCAGCAGCUAAUCCCUUCUGACCUUGCCAGCCACCUGGCUAACAGGCCUGCAAACCUCUACAUCGGCGUGGUCCAGCAGUCCAGUGAGCCGACCCUUCUGGUCCAGCAUCUUCUGGCCAACCUGACUGGUAGCACCGUGAACGUCACCCAGGACAACUGCCAGAAUCAGAGAGAGAAUGAGGAGGACACGCAGAGCAAACACAUGUAUUACUACAUGUGGGUUCAAGGCGCGGCGCCCCCCAACAGCACGAAGCGGGAGGGCUUCUGCGUACGCUCAACGGUCCGUCUCUCCAAAGCCGUGUCCCCAGCCUUCGACCUGCGGGAGUACACCUCCAAAGAUUAUUCAACGUGGACGGAGUCCAGGUGGAAGAGCAUCAAGGGACGCAUAUUCUUGGUGGCCAGUCAUGAUCUGGAGAUGUUGACGCUGGGCGUGGGUAUCGGCGUGCUGCUAACGUCCCUGCUGCUGACGUACGUCAUCAGCUCGAAGGCCGACAUGCUCUUCAGCUCGGGCAGGGAGCCGACCAACGCCACCUACUGAUCCCCGUGGAGACGACGCAGGCCCACGACCACUACUACUACAACUACUACUUCUGUCCCAACCACACACACACACACACACACUCACACACACGGACAGGUUCUGUUUUCUUUAAAACACAAGUAGGUACACAGUGGGGUUAGACACAGCAGCAGGCGGGGGUUUGUUUUUUUUAGACGACGACUCCAUGUUUAUGGACUCACUCAGGUGAGGCGUGACAUGCGGACUGGACCGGACUGGAUUGGCCUGGAUGGAUCUGGACUCAUCAGGGUCAGAAAGCACUGGUCAGGCACCGGUAGGCCCUGCCAGUGGAAAAGAUGUUUAUAUUAGUUUUGUUUUAGGAUUUUGUUUUUGCUUUAUUUUUUUGUUUGUUUUUUAAUGUAAUUAUAAAAAAAGAAUGUUUUGUUUACUGUGUCACGGGAUAGGCACUAAACAGGAGCGUUAUUCUGAAUGAGUGUGUGCGUGCGUGUGUGUGUGUGUGUGUGAUGGUGAAUAUGUAAAUGUGAGCCGAGUGUGUGAACUGAGGUGAAUCAGUGUGUAUGAACAAAACAAAUGAGUGUGUGUGAGGAUUGCGAUGGUAUGUGCAAUACUGUAGCUGUCUUCUCUGUCAGUGUAGUUAACUUAUCGAUCACUUCUAAUGAUAAGAAACCACUUUUUGAAUCAAAGUAGUAAAAAUUUAAAUUUAACAUUUAUGCGAAAUCUGUUAAACUAUUUUGAUAAGUUCUCGUUUCAGGAAUGUUGACAGCAGUCCUAAAUAUUUAUAUUGUUCAGUCCCAGUUCACAUAUGACUAUGCGUGUAUUUAGUUGUAAGCAGACCCAUUUGCAAAUUCCCGUAUUGGGAUAGAAGAAGAAUUUCCCGAGGAGUCUGGCGUGGCUGACAAACUUAUCGAUCAGCUCCCAAAAAUCUUUAAAUCCAGUGAGGAAAGAACAUUUUGACUCUGAAAAUACGCUGGUACUCUGGCUGUGCACUCCUUUUUCACAAGGUUUCUUUCAUUGACAGCUUCUGAAAAUUGUGACAACAUGCAAGAUGGUUUUAAUUUUUUUUUUUGAUGGGUGUUCAUUUAAUGGCUGGAAUCGAUGACCAAUUGUGAUGCCUUGAUGAAGAAAUAAACAUUGCUUUUUUUCCA